AAACAAAAUGGCGAUGCUGUGGCAACUAUGGGGGUGGACCGUGCGAUAAAUGACUGAAACUCAGAACUCAGGCACAGUCACACAGAAGACAAGUUGACACACAAGCUCUAAAUGACUAGGUCCACAGUUUUUAUUUUGCAACUCCUGUUCCAGCCCUGUCUCCAAGGUAUUGGAAAUGUCUUGUUUACUGCUGAUGCCGAACGAGUCUCAUACAGUGCCCAAAUGGGAGGGGAAGUGCUAAUGGGCUGCCACUUCUCCCCUUUGUCACCGCAUCCCUAUGAGGACUUGAUGGUGGCUUGGUACUUGAGCUCCAGGGCUCCGUCCCGCUUGGUGUCCCGCCUAGAAAGCGGGCUGGAGCAAGAUUCUUCCCAGCAUCCGGACUUCAAAGGUCGGGCCAGGCUUCUCACCGAGGAAAUUAAAGAUGGCCGGGCCAUACUGCAGUUGUCCAGGCUUCGCAUCAACGACUCGGGAAACUACCAGUGUGUGGUGCGGACGAGGAACGGGGCUGACUAUAAACACAUUCAACUAUCUGUUACUGCACCUUAUAAAACAGUCACAAAAACGAUUUCCAAGACGGUAACCGGAGGCAAGCUUGUGUUAAGCUGCCAGUCCGAGGGCUACCCGAUGUCUACGGUGGCUUGGGAGGAUGGUCACGGGCGAAAUCUCAACGCCAGCACCAGCGUUGUGACGACAGAGGAGGGCCUCUACAGAAUCACAUCUGGGAUACGGGUGGGAUCAUCGCAGAAAAACAACUACACCUGCCGCUUUGAUAGUAGUUCCGCCUCUGCAACUUUUCUUUUCCCAGAUGAAACCCAGAAACCGAAGGAGAACACAAACACUGCAGUAGUAAUUAGCACAUGUAUCGUAAUAGUAUUUACGAUUGUCCUCGUCAUAGUGCUAAUUCUCUGUUGGCAAAAAGGUCACUCCAGGAAAGAACAAAAGAUAUCAAGGAAGCAUCUCGAGGAAGAAGCCAUUUCUGUUUUUACUGAGGAUUGCAAGGUGAACCAACAGCUGGAGGUUUUGAAAGAUCCUCAGGUGGGCAACUCCUCUGACGCCGAAACCAGAUGGAAAUGUGGAGCUGCCCGCAUGCAGGAAUUGCCUCGCCGGCUACUUAUGAGCGUCCGCUUGACGGUCUCCAAGCUUUACUGCCAGACAUCAGAGGAAGACAAUUCUUUGAGGGCCCCAGAUCUUGCAGGAUGAGGAAGACGGUGUUCUUGUGACAUUUUAGCCAAGAGUUCAAGGUUAAAAAGGCGAUCUUGGUUGCGUUGACUGAUGUAGUUAUUCAUUUAUUUACACAGAGGAACCUCUAAAAGUACAUAAUUGAUAAAACUGUACUUUUUUUUUUCUUUUCUGUGAAACCUAACAAAUUGUGUGGCUGGCCAUGCAAAAAUAAGGUACAGAAAUUAGUUGCGGUGUACCUCUGGGUUUGAUUCUAGACCCACUGCUUUUGUUUUGUUUUUGUCAGUUCUUGAACUUCCAUUAGCACUAAUGUCACAAUAUACACACCUCACAAUAUAUUUUUUUGAAUUGUGAACUUCACUUUUACUAGAAUCCUACAUAGUGUUGAAGGCACCGGGACUGUAUUAACUGUUUUUUUUAGGUACUUCAAUGCAGCUACAUUUAGUAAGGUAACGAACAGACA